AUGUCGAGCAAAACUCUUGAACAGGACUCAACGAAGCCGUCACCUGACGAUGAGGCGAAUACUGUCGUGCAGAGUUCAGAGAUUGGCGCUUCCCUGCCUAUAGACCCUCGUGCCGAACGGAGUGUGGUCUGGAAAUUCGACCUUCGGAUUCUGCCCGUAUUGGCAACCAUGUACCUCUUCAACAGUCUUGAUAAAUCGAAUCUUGGGAAUGCUAAGACUGCUGGUCUGGAAAAGACUCUCCAUCUACAUGGCAACCAAUACAACCUGAUAUUGAGCAUCUUCUUCAUCCCGUAUGUCUUGACAGCACCAUUUCUUGGAAUUCUGGGGAAGAUGUAUGGUCCCAAUCGCGUUUUGCCGUGUAUGAUGUUGUGCUUCGGGCUAUGUACGCUUCUUGUCGUCGCUGUUUAUAAUUUCGGAGGCCUACUCGCGAUCCGAUGGUUCUUGGGCAUGUCGGAAAGCGCUUUCUUUCCACUUGUCAUCUAUUAUCUAACAACGUUUUAUCGACGCGGAGAAUUGGCAAGGCGUCUUGCUAUUUUCUAUGCUGCUCAGAGUAUCGCUUCUGCCUUCUCAGGAUUACUUGCUUUCGGCGUUUUCCGCAUAGAUUCCGGUUUGCUGGCCCCAUGGCGCUACCUUUUUCUCAUAGAAGGCGCCGGGACCAUCAUCUUCUCCAUCUUUGCAGUCUGGUACUUACCUCGUUCUGGCCCGGAGACCAGUUUCCUCACCGAAUCAGAGAGACUGGUGGCAUACGAACGGAUGCGUCUCGAUAGCUCUUCAGUCGUCAAUGAGAAGCUGAAUAUCCGUGAAGCAUUUACCAUCUUCAAACAUCCCACCACAUGGAUAAUUCUCGGUAUCGAAGUUUGCCUGGGUGUCCCACUACAAUCCGUUCAGCUUUUCCUGCCGCAGAUCAUCAAGCGACUAGGAUAUAGUACUGUCAAGACGAAUCUUUAUACUGUUGCACCGAACGUCUCUGGAGCUAUCAUGCUUUUAAUCCUGGCUUUUCUGAGCGACUGGACUCGCUGGCGAUUCCCGUUCAUCGCACUGGGCUUUUUCUUCACGUUCGUUGGGUUUAUUAUUUAUGUUGCCAUUGACGUCGAGCACGACAUUAAUGUUGCCUACUUCGCUUCUUUUAUGAUGACCUGGGGCACAUCCGCACCAUCCGUUCUAUUGGACGUCUGGUACAACAACAACAUCGCAAGUGAAGGAAAACGUGUAGUCUUAACCAGCAUCGCCGUUCCCCUGGCCAAUUUGAUGGGUCUGGUCAGUUCGAAUAUCUUCCGGAAUCAGGAUGCACCCAAAUACAUUCCUGCUCUUAUCACAACCGCUGCGUUUGGAGGGACUGGUAUUGUUUUGACUCUGGUUCUGGGAGCAUGGAUGAUUAUAGAUAAUAAGAGACGGGAUGCCAAGCAAGGGAUGACACUGAGGGCGCAUGAUGUACCGACAGAAAGGUUGAGAGAGGGUCCUGAUAACCCUGAUUUCAGAUGGUUCUACUAG